AGCUACCACACGAAACCACCACGCAAUUCAACGAUUGCCUUCAAUAUAUAAACACACCAUGUUUUCCCAAUAUUCUUCACACUACAACACUUAGCUUCCUCCGACUAUAUUCGCCACUUCAGUUCCAUAUCUCUGUAAAAGCUAAGUGUAGAACCAAUAGGUUAUCACAGUUCAACCAUAAAAGGAAGAAACCAUGUUGAUGAGAAGUCUCAAUCCUUUCUUCAAGAAAGCAAGCCUACAAGAUCAGUGUGAUAAAGCAAGAAAACCCAAAGCUGUUCAAACCACAGUACACGUUUAUAGAGAGGAGCUAGACACCACAAAGAAGCCACCAUCUCACAAUAAGAUCAAGAAGAAAGUGAGGUUUGACUUGGGUCAACAAGGGGGAGAAGAAAGUGAGGAAGAACCAGUCAAGAAGAAGAACUCUGGCGGAGUCAAAGUAAAAAUAUUGUUGACCAAAGAAGAGGCUGCCAGGCUGCUAUCAAGGUGCAAUGAUGGAGGGGUUCUUACGUUCACAGAUCUUGGUCUUGACGCUAUAGAUAGUAUUCCUUCAAAUCGUGAGGCUGUGAUUUCUUGAUGUUUUUUCUUCAAACAUUUGUUAGUUUCUUGGUUCUCCUCACAUUAUUGGAGCGUAUAUAGUAUGUUUUCAUAUGUACUUCAUAAUUAUUAUACGGGAAAGUUCCCGAAAUGGACUAAAACAGUUUGAAAAUUUCAAAAUAAGACUGUCAUGUUUUUUAUUUCCAAAAUGCGGGUAAUUACUGUCAAGUUUAGAAAAUUCUGUCAUUUUUGAAGUCUGAAACUGCCAAAACAUGAUAGUAAUUAGUCCUAUUUUAGAAUUUUAAAACCUUUUUAGUCUAUUUCGAGUAAUAUUUUUUUGUUUAUAUUGAUACUUGUUAUAUUGAGUCUUCGUGCCAAGUAUCUUGUGGUUCAAUAUAGUAAAUGCACAAAUGGUGCAGCGAUUAUUGAUUUUGUUGCAUUUUUUGUAUUUUAUCUCUUAAAUGAAAUAAAUCACUACCAUAACUAUAUAUAUUAAUAUA